AUGGUGUAUCUCUCCAAGAGCAAAGUUCAAAACAUUCAUGCAAGAUACUGUGAGAGCCUAAAUGAAUCACGGCCGAUCUACCCGAUUUAUUUCUUUAACCUGUGCUAUUACGAGAAGCUGAGCACACUGGCCGACGAUUGUGAUGCGAUUUUUGGAGACGUCGUGGUCGAUGUGAAUGAUGGACGGUACUUGUACAAGUUUUUUGGCGUUGGAAACAUUUUUGGAUCGCUUAAAAUACAGUAUACGAAAAUUGAGGGAUUGGACUUUUUGCUUGGUUUGGACUUUGUUGGAUCGUUGGAUGCUUCCCAGACUCCCGUCCUGAUUCGUUCGAAUAAUUAUCUGAAGCAGGCUUUUUUACUACUAAAUAACAUUAUCUCAGCGAACAACGAUCAACUAGUCAUGUAUGACAAUCCCUCCCUCUUCCUGAAUAACCAACAGUGCCUGAUGUAUCAAAUCGAUUUUGAUAUCAAAAUGGAUUACCGGGAUUGUAGACCCUACAUCUACGACAACUAA